AUGGUGGUAUACACAAUGGACAAUAGUCAACAUUAUUAUUUAGCAAUCAUUUAAACAUGGUUUACAAGAGAAUCUUUGUGAAAAACAUUGGUUUUACGGUUCAGUCAGAUGAGUGUUAUGGACACCAGCACAUUCCAGGCAUUCCUCAACAUAUAGAGAAACUCAGCAGCCACAUAAAGAGUCACGUGAUAAAGAAUCCUACAUUAUAGCCGUCAUGUUACACAAUAGUGUGAAAUAUGUAUGCAGCAUAUUGUUUUAUUGGGGUAAUUCUGAAUGUUUGUUGAAGGACAAAUCUAUUUUCGUAUCUCGGCUACGCCCCCAUAUACUCCCCCUUUAGCGAUGUAAAUAUGUGGAUGAGGCUGAAGUUACUACCUCUGCUUUUAUUGAUCUGACCAACUAUUAAAUGAAGCUUACGAGUGUUUAGCGGGAAGAAUGAAUCCGCAUCAAUGCUGAAGUUUGUGUGGAACUCUCCGGUGUGAACUCACUCUGUUGUACGCUACCAUGACAGUCUUUCAAUUGGAUGAUUUUUUAGCUGGAUGGAUUGGAGGAGCAUCCAGUGUGAUUGUGGGACAUCCACUUGACACAGUCAAGACUCGUUUACAAGCUGGCAAAGGAUACAAGAACACGCUCCACUGUGUUGUAACGAUCUACAAAAAAGAAAAUGUUACGGGCUUUUUCAAAGGACUGUCCUUUCCAUUGGCCAGCAUCACUCUUUAUAAUUCUAUGGUGUUCGGUUUCUUCAGCAACACACAGCGCCUCAUUAGCAGAUAUCGUUAUGGUGAUGGCAGACACCCAUGCAGCGUGCUUGACUUGACUGUAGCGAGCAUGUUGACUGGUCUGGUGUCAGUGGGGAUGGGCGCUCCUGUUGACCUCGUCAAAAUUAGACUGCAGAUGCAAACCCAACCUGUUCUUGCAGAGAACUUUAACCUUGCUGGGAAUGGGAGUGUCCCUCUCCGGUCAAUGGGAAUUCAGUCCCAGUCGUUGUACAGAGGGCCACUGCACUGCAUUAGUACCGUCCUGCAGAACGAGGGCAUUCAAGGGCUCUACAGGGGCGCAGGAGCCAUGAUAUUGCGAGAUGUACCCGGGUACACCCUGUACUUCGUACCAUACACGUUAUUCUGUGACUGGCUGAAUCCUGAUGGCAGUGCCUCGCUCCAUCCCUGCUGUAUAUGGCUAGCAGGAGGUUUAGCAGGAUCCAUCUCGUGGGUCACCGCCACACCAGCAGAUGUAGUGAAAAGCCGGUUGCAGGCAGAUGCCAUGCAGCACAGGAAAUACAAGGGCAUUCUGCACUGCACCAUGCAAAGUUACAAGACAGAGGGAAUACAUGUUUUCUUUCGUGGAGCGACUGUCAAUGCCGUCAGAGGAUUUCCAAUGUGUGCAACUAUGUUUCUUGGUUACGAGCUUUCCCUCCAGUUUUUCCGCAGUUUCUAAAACAGACUCAUCUGCUUCCAGAAGGGUCCAUGAUUUCAAUGGCAUGUAGAGACUUACAUGUGAGUUCAUUGUUGAUACAAUGAAGAGUAUCAGUGAAGCUUUUAAGUUUUUCUUACAUUAAGAAAAUAGGUACAACAUUUUGCUGAGAUGUUUUAAUAUAUGAUUAUGCAUCACCUGCAUGAGAAUGCUACACUAAUUUAUAUUUUGCUUAUACACAUGUUUAUGUAUUCUGCAUUUGCAAACUGUCACAUUUAUGCAUGAUCACCUAACAAACCAUUAGACUGUACUUGAGAAAGAGUUUUUAUCUACUUUUUAUAUAAGUUCAGUCAGCUGUGUGCAAUAUGCCUUUACAAUGAUUAUCUGCUAAUGAAAUAUUAUUCAAAUAUGUAAAUAAAUCAAAUGGUAUACUGAAGUAAAGUGUCUGCUAGCUUGUUUGUGUGAAUCAAUUUCAAAAUAAUACUCAUGUAUUUUACUGAACUUUUAUUUUUGUAGACAUACCUCUCAAGGUAGAAUUUAGAAAAUAUUGAUAUUGUUAGUAUUUAAGAUGCUCUUUUAUUGCAACCUCCACUUUCAUAAUAUAAUAAUGUCUGUAUAUAGGGCUAUAAUUCUGAAACAGUAUAUCAAUUGAAUGUUGAUGUCUCUUGUUAUACACUAGGUGGCGCUGUUUCAUUAUGUCAGGAAAAUCGGUAGUGACGCUAGAGAAAGGUAAAGGAAAAAUGUUUCCACUAGAUGGAGACACUGUAUCUAAAACAAAACUGUGAGACCUGCCUUUUCUUUGCUUGAACGCUUGUAAUUAACACUAUCAAUAUAUUUAUUUGUUUACCUUCAUGCCAAAGUGACCAUUAACUGACACCAGAGAACUAUGAACAUGAAUGUUCAAUUAUUGAAAUAUUAACAUCCUCAGAGAUAUUUCAAGUAAAUAUUUUAUUUUAAGGGCCUGGCUGACAAAAACCAUUGGAAAUCACUGCAUUACAUGAGCUAAUACUAAAAAACAUAAAGAUAUCAAUGACAUUACACACCCAAAGAUUUGAAAUAUUUUAGUCCACGCUUCAGCAGUUACUGAAGCUGUAGUGUUGAUAUAAAUAUAAUUGAUAUAAUAAACCACAUAUUAGUGCCUUUUCUGCAUGCCCAUAUUUUAAAUACCCUUUAUCAUACUUAACAUCUACUGUACUAACUAUUAAUGAGCAGCAAAUUAGUUCACUGGGGCAAAAUAGUUAAUAGUUAAUAGUAAGAAUUGAUCCCCAAACUAAAGAGUGACCAAAGCAAUUAUUACAACAAUAAAACAACAAAUAUUCAGAAAGAAAACAUUUAAGCUGAAAAAAAAAAAAGAGUAAAGCUAUGG